AUGGAUGUGUCAGACUGCGACAGAGAACUGUUCAUAACCCAGUCCAAAACCGUUGAAAAGAGUGAUGAAGCAGAGAGUGACGAUGACUUUUUGUUUCGUUUCAAGGAACCUUUGAACGAGAAAGAGCUGACAGAUAAAAUUGAAAAGCGAAUUCCCCAAAACAAGAUUGACUGGGCUCUGUCAGUGUUCAAGAGAUGGCGAGAAGAAAGGCGAAGUAGGAGUAUUGAUAAUAAUUUGGACAUACCAAGUGAGUGUUUAAAAACUGAACUGAGCGAAAUGAGUGCAGCUGAUCUGAACAUCGCUUUGAAGUAUGUUCUAUUUGAAGCGGCAAAGAAAGAUCGUACCAACUAUCCAUCCAACACCUUGUAUGGCUUGUAUGGGGCUUUUCAAUCGCACUUGAAAGCUCAGUAUUCAAAAUCCAAUUUGUUUGAAGACGACGAAUUUAGAGAGGCCAGAGCAGCAUUGGACGCUGUCAUGAAGGAACGAGCAGCGGCUGGUUUGGGAGCAGCCUCCAGAAAGUCGGCAGAAAUAAUCACCGAGACUGAUGAAAACAUGCUGUGGGAAAGAAGCUUGUGGACACGAUUCUAUACUUAA